UUUCCCUCCACAAUCACACCAUCCUCCUGCCCCUGCUCCUGCUCUGCUCUGCUCCAUUGCCUUGCUUUCUCUGCCUGCCUCGAGGAGCUAGCUAGAAAGCGAGAAAGAAACCCGCCGGCGUCGGAGAAGAGGAAGGGGAGGGAGAGGGAGGAUGUCGGACUGGGGGCCGGUGGUGAUCGCGGUGGUGCUGUUCGUGCUGCUGUCGCCGGGGCUGCUGCUGCAGCUGCCCGGGAAGCACCACUUCGUGGAGUUCGGCAACAUGCACACCAGCGCCAUGGCCAUCCUCGUCCACGCCAUCAUCUACUUCGCCCUCAUCGCGCUCUUCGUCAUCGUCAUCGGCGUGCACAUCACCACUGACUAGACACCGGCUGAGCUCCAUCACCCCGGCCGGCCAGCUCCAAUUAAGCUGCUCUUCCUUUUUCUUUUUUUCAUCCAUCUGACUCCCGCCUCUCUGUUUUGUUUUGCUCUGGUCUUGCUGCUUGCAAGUACUUGUAGUAGUGUAUGUGAUCAGGUUUGUUUGUUGUCCUUGGUAAUUAAACUCGCGCGUAUGUAGCUGCCUGAUUAAUAAAGAGAUGUGUACUUAAUUUUC